CAGCCGCCACCACCGCUCCUCCUCCGCUCCCAUCCAAGAUCCAUUCAACUCCAUCUGCUCGGGGCUCCACCAUCAUGUCCGGCCGCGGCAAGGGCGGGAAGGGUCUGGGCAAGGGCGGCGCCAAGCGCCACCGGAAGGUGCUGCGGGACAACAUCCAGGGCAUCACGAAGCCGGCGAUCCGGCGGCUGGCGCGGCGGGGCGGCGUGAAGCGCAUCUCGGGGCUCAUCUACGAGGAGACCCGCGGCGUGCUCAAGAUCUUCCUCGAGAACGUCAUCCGCGACGCCGUCACCUACACCGAGCACGCCCGCCGCAAGACCGUCACCGCCAUGGAUGUCGUCUACGCGCUCAAGCGACAGGGCCGCACCCUCUACGGCUUCGGCGGCUGAUCUGCUGCUGCUGCUCCGUCCAGUCUCCGCCGGCUGCUGUCCCAUCAGCCGGAGUGCGCGUGUUGUUCCGUCGGUCUGUGUAGUAGUGGAGUAUGAAUGCAAUGAAAUCAGUCUUGGAUGCAUCUCUCGAUAUGUUUCUGUGAGCUUGUUAAAUUCUUCCCAGCAAGAAAGGUUAGGGAAUGAUGUAGCUGAGGUAAACGUCGGAUAUUCAUGAAACAAUCACAGGAAACUGCUACAGGUGUUAUGA